AUAGAAUAGACUUAUUAAUGGAAUAAAAUUACAACAAAUGGUAGAAACAACGCCUUCAUCCUCCGGUUACCAGUUCAAUGGUCUUAGAGAUCAUUUUCCGAUAAACACCAUGAGAGACUUCAAGAAAAAUGAAGAUUUGUUGGGACAGAAUGAAACCUACAGAUGUGCAGUCAAAGAUUUUUUUUACGACCAAGGAGAAUCAACUGGACAUAAAUUUUGUGUAAGAAUGCUCGAACAAGCAGUAACAGACAAGAUAGCUUCUAAUUUUUGUUUUGUCGGGAAUAGCGUCAAAAAGGCUGCUUUUUCUAAAACUGAUAUUUGGACUAUUAUAAAAGAUAAUGCAGUUCAAAGAUUUAAAGAUCAUCCAGAGCAGAAGUUCACAUUCGCAAUGGCAGAAAACAGUUGCGGCACGUGGUUGAGACAAGCACCUUUUCGUAUGAAUCGCAAGAAAAAAAAGAGUGAAAGAAAGAAGAAGAAAACUAUUGAAGAUUUCAUUGAUAAUGAUGAAGAUUUGGAAAAAUAGAUUUGUUGAAUGAAAGUAAUAUUUAUCCUGACAAUAUUCCAAUAAUUUUAACUAUCAUAUUAAACGUACAAAUGCGUUUUGUUUCAUUAAUAAUAUAAGAAAAUUAAGUUACUUAUGAAAAGUUACCUAUAACUAUGCGUAUAUAAUUUGAUGCGUAAGGUGCCAAAAAAUCUAUUUAUUAUUUUAGCAAUGAAAUAGAUUAGUUUCGAUUAUGAUGUUUUAAUUAUAGUUGAAGUAAAAUAUUUAAUUUUAAUUUUUAAAUAGUUACGUACAUUUUUUUUAGUCUUAAUAUUUC